GCAGAAGACUGAUCUUUGAAAAUAUGUAUUUGGGAGAUAGUCACGUUCUAUUGAAUACCUUGUGCUGGUGCUGCCAUCGAAAAAUCUGGUUACACUCCGGGGAGGCCUGCCGCCUCUGCAGGACUGCACCGCCUCGGCCCUGAGAUGAGUGUCCGGCCUGAGCGGGCACACCAUGAAUAGAUACACAACGAUCAAGCAACUCGGGGAUGGAACCUAUGGUUCCGUCCUACUGGGACGAAGCAUUGAAUCUGGGGAACUGAUUGCCAUUAAAAAAAUGAAAAGAAAGUUUUAUUCCUGGGAGGAAUGCAUGAACCUUCGGGAGGUUAAGUCUUUAAAGAAGCUCAACCAUGCCAAUGUGGUAAAAUUAAAAGAAGUUAUCAGGGAAAAUGAUCAUCUUUAUUUUAUCUUCGAGUACAUGAAGGAAAAUCUUUACCAGCUCAUUAAAGAAAGAAAUAAGUUGUUUCCUGAAUCUGCUAUAAGGAAUAUAAUGUACCAGAUAUUACAAGGACUUGCAUUUAUUCACAAACACGGCUUCUUCCACCGGGACUUAAAGCCUGAGAACCUCCUCUGCAUGGGCCCGGAACUUGUGAAAAUUGCAGACUUCGGGUUGGCCCGAGAAAUCCGAUCAAGACCCCCAUACACAGACUAUGUAUCUACGAGAUGGUACCGGGCUCCAGAAGUGCUCCUGAGGUCUACCAACUACAGCUCCCCCAUUGACAUCUGGGCAGUGGGCUGCAUCAUGGCCGAAGUGUACACCCUCAGGCCACUCUUCCCCGGGGCUAGUGAAAUUGACACCAUCUUCAAAAUUUGCCAGCUGCUGGGGACACCCAAAAAGACCGACUGGCCUGAAGGCUACCAACUCUCUAGUGCGAUGAACUUCCGCUGGCCGCAGUGUGUACCCAAUAACUUAAAGACCCUGAUUCCCAAUGCGAGCAGCGAAGCCAUUCAGCUCCUGAGAGACAUGCUCCAGUGGGAUCCCAAGAAACGGCCAACAGCUAGUCAGGCUCUUCGAUAUCCUUACUUCCAGAUUGGGCAUCCACUGGGCAGCACCACACAGAGCCUUCAAGAUUCAGGAAAAGCACAGAAGGAUGUCCUGGAAAAGGCUGGCCCACCUCCUCACAUCAAGCCGGUCCCCCCCACCCAGCCCCCAGCCAAGCCACACCCGCGGAUUUCUUCGAGACCACAUCAAGCCAGCCAGCCCCCUCAGCAUCUCAUGUACCCCUUCAAAGCAGAGGCUUCCAGGACAGAUCACCCGAACCAUCUCCCGGAGGACAAGCCAAGCCCGUUGCUCUUCCCAUCCCUCCAUACCAAGAAUCCUCCGUCGAAAAUGCUAGCUGGCCUGGAACACAAAAAUGGGGAGAUCAAGCCCAAGAGUCGGAGAAGGUGGGGGCUUGUGUCCCGGUCGACAAAGGAUUCCGAUGACUGGGCUGACUUGGAUGACUUGGAUUUCAGCCCGUCCCUCACCAGGAUUGACCUGAAAAACAAGAAUAGACAGAGUGAGGAGACUCUUUGCAGAUUUGAGAGUGUUCUGGACCUGAAGCCCUCUGAGCCCAUCAGUACAGGCAGCAGCGCCCCCACCCAGACCUCCUAUCAGAGGCGAGACACACCAACCCUGAGGUCUGCGGCCAAGCAACACUACUUGAAGCACUCGCGAUACUUGCCUGGAAUAAAUAUGAGAAACGGCAUACUUCCAAAUCCAGGCAAGGAUUUUAUUCCAUCUAAUCUGUGGUCUAGUUCUGGUUUGUCUGGAAAAUCUUCAGGAACAGUAUCAGUAAUCAGCAAAAUAAAUUCCGUUGGUUCCAGUUCAACAAGUUCUAGUGGACUGACUGGAAACUAUAUCCCAUCCUUUCUGAAAAAAGAAGUUGGUUCUGCUGUGCAGAGGGUACACUUGGCACCUAUUCCAGACCCUUCUCCUGGCUAUUCUUCCCUGAAGGCUGUGAGACCUCAUCCCGGGCGACCUUUCUUCCACACCCAGCCUAGAAGCACUCCCGGGCUGAUGCCCCGACCUCCAGCUGCCCAGCCAGUGCAUGGCCGGACCGACUGGGUUUCUAAGUACGCGUCUCGGCGAUGACCAGCAUGAAGCUUCUGGGCGCAGGGGAAAGCAAGACACGGUCCCUCGGCCAACUGGUGUUCUGCCGGCAAGAAACCGGCAGAUGGUGUGAAAGCAAACACUUUAUAGUUACUCUUCUGAACUAAGACAUUUCAAUAUUCUUUUUAAGAUUUUUUUUAAAUAUUGAUUUGAAUGCAAUACCCUUUUUUUGUACAAAAUUAUUUUAUUCUAAAACUGGGUCCCAUUAUUUUCUUAAACAGCGCAUUUUGUAUAUAUGGAUUAUGUUUUAGCAUUUUAUACAGUCAACUUUGUAAUGAACUUUUUAAGAAUUAAUUGAUUUUCCUUUGGGGUUCCAGAUAAUAUUUUAUACAGAUUUUUAAAAAUGUAAUAAUAUUGAUGCAGUAUUGCAGCAGGGGUGCAAUUGAAGGCUACCCGAUAGAGGGUUAUUUACUCAACGCGGGCAGAUAUUUGUGAAGCGGUUAAAUUUUAAAUGUGGCACAUUUAAAUGGUACUUCAGGCUUUCUUGGACCAACCUCAGCGCUAGAUAAAUGAUCUUCUGCUUUUCUUGAUAUCAGGUUAUUGGUUUGAUUUUGUGACACCACUGUGCUGUUCUAAAAAUACUAUUAUGCAGUGAAUUUCCCAGCUGAAAGAACUCUAAAUAGUUUUUGAAAUUUUUACAACAACCCUUUUUGGUGGUUGGAGAUAUGCAAGGUGGUUGGAGAUAUGAACCAGGUUUUAUUAUGCUGGACCAUCACAUUCUAUUUUCUCCCGUUUUUUUUAUGUUUCCUCCAUUUUUGAAAUCCAGUUGUAUAAGUACCCCCAAAAGGGAAGCCUUUGAA